GUUUCAACUAUAUCUUCAAUCCUAUACAAUAUAUAAAUAUUGCACUAAAAAGGAGACUACCACCACUAUCACUCGAAGAAAACACUGGUUUUGAAAGAUUGAACAAACAUGGGUUCUUUAAUGGCAGGUUGGGACUCGCAUGUUCCUGAUCCAAAAUCUGUACAACUGGAGAGGAACAGGUCGAUGACAAAGGAAGAAAUCGCGACUUUUUGGAAAUCAAAGAAUAACGUUAAGGAAGAACAAGAACAUGGUGGUGUUCUUAAAAAAGCUUGCACCUUUUCCGAGGCAAAUCAGAAAAACGGAAGUGAGAAGAUAUAUAGAAGAUCAAACUCUCUUCCGAUUAUAAAAGAAGAUUCCAUUAUAGAAACUCAAGAAGAAGAAGAUGAAGAAGAAGAGGAGCUUUUCAAGAAGCAUGGCUGGUGGAUUAAUAGUAGAUGGGCGUUCUUGAACGAACCACCGGUGAUUGCAUCAGAAACUCCGUCUAGAUAUGCUGCGCAAUUCCAUGUGGCUACUAGAACUUGAUCACCGUGUGUUUUAACGUUAUCAUAUUAAUUAUUAAACUUGUAAAACAAUGUAUACAACAGUAGUAUGUGAACCUUUUGGGGUGGGUUUGAUUUUCUGCUUGACGCUAUGGUGAUUAUGUAAAUAUAAUAUAAUAUGCCUGUGGUGAUAAUAUACCUAUUCAAUUUCAAUUUUAA